UAACAGUUGUUGUCAAAUAAAUGUCAAAAACUAUUGCCGGUACAAAAAUAAGCCUAUUUUUGUAAAAUCAACUAUUUUAGUUAAUUUAAUCCGUUUCGUGCAUUGUAUACAGUUUAUUAAUAAGGCAAUGGAUGAGGAUAACCAGGAUGGACCAUUUACGGUGUGGCAAAUGUUUAAUGCACCCACUAUGGUGUUGUUCAACAACUUGGAACAUGCAGCUGAUGGUUUGGACAGACUGCUAACAUCCAUACUAAAGUUAUCAGGGGACUUCUCUGAAGUAUUAGUGCCUAGGGCUGGCUCCGCCAAGUACCCAGACACAUAUUAUCAUGCAUUCAAUACAUGGCUUGUUGGCAGACUAUUUUACGUGUGGUCUGUGGAGGAGCUAAGCAGGAUACAUGAAACAAGCAAAGAAGCUCAAUUGAAAAUUUUGAACAUACUGUGUAUGAAUGCUGCGUCUUUCUACAAUACUUUGCAUUUGGAAUAUGUGUCUGUAUUAAGAAAAUUAGUUCAGUAUUACAAAGAUAGUCAAGAUAGUCAGUUUAAUGCUCUAUUGCUUGAAAACUUUCAGUCGGAGCAAAUAGAAAUACCUAAUGUGCAGUUAAACUUGGAACCUAUAUUUGUAAAUGUGAAAGACAUACAAACAUGCAAGACAUUAAUAAACUUAACAUUGCAAUUACUUGCAGAGAGUCUACCAACAAAUUCUGUUCACAUAAAUAAACACAAAAUAGAAUAUUGCAAGUUAUUUAAUGAAGUCCUGUACAUGCUUGAUAAUUACAGUGUUGACUUAAAGCUACACUCUAUAAAGUUUUUCAUAAAUUUAAUAAGCAAUUAUGAACAAAUUGGCAUUUACAAGUUUCAGAAAUGCUUUCCAUUGGUUUAUAAUGACUUGCUAUAUUCAAUAGAAGCUAUGUUGAAGUCAUUGAAUGUCUACUAUGAAAAAGGGGAAAUAGAUGCAAUUUACUUGGAUAGUCUUAACAAAACAAUGUGUACUUACAUGAAAGUCAUUAAAAAAUCUCCUGAUAGAGAGAAUAGAGAGAUUCUUUCAAAUAUUUGCACAGUCAUAUUAAGAACUAAGAAUAAUAAAAUAUUUAGUAAUGACCUGAAGUUGGAAUGUUUAUCUAUGACCAUUCACAUUGAUAUCUCAAAAGAUCUGAUUGAUAUAUCAAAUAAGGAUGCAAGCGAAAUUGAUGUACUGAAAGAGUACUAUUGUAGAAACAUACUAGUAUAUAUGACUUCUGAUAUACAAGGAAAAACAAAUGAAGAUACAAAAGACAGUUGGUGUUACCAGCAAGUAUUAAAUGUAAUUCAAUCAAUAAAGACUUGUGAAGAUAGUAAGAUUGAUAUAUUUUUAAUAAGUUACCAUUUGAAGAGAUGUUUGUCUGCAUUAGGUAUAUUGCAACAAGUUGCUUUGACAAAAAAGGAAGAUAAGACCAAAGUUAUAUCAGAAGAAGUGAUCUAUGUGAUUUGGGGAUCAUUACAGAAGCUUAUUGGAUUUAAUAAAAGCAUUAUUUUAGGAGAUAGUAACUGUACUAGAUUGUACAUGGACAUACUUCUAAGUACCAUGGUCCUCUACCAUGCACCAUCAAGAGAGGAUUGUAACAAAAUUCUUCAACUGUUGUGUUUGCAAAGUUCUUCGCAGUUCUCUGAACAUAAUUUUGGGUUCAGUGAUACUGUCAAAAUAAUCAUUCUGAAAUAUUUGUUGAUUGUUAGACUUGUUCUGCAAAGCAAGUCUAGUGAAACCUGGAACAGGAUAAUUUCUAAUUUAAUUGGUGGUUUCCUGAAAAACAAAACUGUUAAUAAUUACAAGCAGGUGUUACCAUUAUGCCCACUUUUAGUGUUGAAUAACAUAUUCUCUUCAAGUAAACUUAUAGGAGACUUGUUAUUGCCUGCAUUUUUGACAAAAGACCAGGAGAUUCAGGAAGAAGUUACACAGGUCAUAUCAGCCAUAGCCUGCAUGUCAUUAGGAACCUAUGACAUUGUCAUUUGUGUACCAAAAAAUUGUAUUGGACAUUCUAUAUUCACAAACAAUAUUAUAGAUAUGCUAUUAAUAUGUUCCAAAUGCCACCACAUAGAUAAGAAUAGAUAUUCAGAGGAUUCUUUAAAUAAAAUAAAUCAAAAUAAAGUUGUGAUAUAUUCUGAAAGUAAUGGCUAUACUCCAAGUCAACAUUCCACUAUUAUAAGUCUUAAAAGCUUAUUCGCGAAGUUCUUGAAUUGGAAACAGUAUGUAGAUGUGGAAAACAGUGGCUACUGGGACCUGUUUGGUAGGCUCUGUCAUCACUACUAUGUGCUGAACUAUGGAGUUCCUACUGAUCUGUUAAAUGAAAAGAACAGUCAUCAAGUAUUAAAAUGUUUCACACCAUUUGUUGAAGAUAAUUUGGUAGAAGAAGACCCCGAAUGGAAUGCUCACAAGGAUAACGCUUACAGUUUAUGUGUCAAUGUACUAGUAAAGUCAACACGAAACAGUUUGGAAAACAAUGAUUAUGCCCAACAGACCAACACCUUAAAUCUCAUAAAAGAAUUUGGAUUGUGUUCAAAUGAGAAAGUAGUUUUACCUGUAACAAAGCUUUUCGUUUAUUUUAUAAUGCAUCCACAAUGUAGUCUUGGACCAAAGGCUGUGGUUAGUUUAAGAGAUGUGUGUGAAGUACACGGAUACACGCCUAAUCAAGUUUACCAUCGCUAUAAAAAGGAUUAUUGUAAACUGUUUGUGGAAUGUAGCUUGUACAGUGGGAAAGAAUUUGCGAUUUCACUUCUGAAAGUCGUUAGGGCUUUUGGAUUUGUUGGGUACAGAGACUUUAUAUCCAAAGAUGUGCAUCACUUUUUGCCCUACUUGAUGCCCUACUCUGUGACCAUAAAAGAAGUUCCAUCCAUGAUUGAGGAAAUUGCUUCCUUAGUCCAAUGUUCGGUAUCAGACUUCUUGAUUGAGAGAUUUCCUCAUAUUUACGUUCACGUGUAUUUGAACGAGUCGAAGGAAGUUGAAAAGAAAUGUAUGGACAUUAUUGGAAGGCUGACCAAGACGUCGGUACUAAGUUUGAUAAAGAGACAUUUUAGAGUUAUACUAACAGAGUUUCUUCUACAGUAUUGUUGUGACUCUGAAAAAGUGUUGAAUGCAUGUAGAUACUUGGCUUGCCACGACCCUGAUGUUUCAACACCAACUGGAAGUAUGACAAUGAGCACUUCGCAAAUCGCGGACUUUUUGAACCCGAAGUUUUUGGGUGUUCUAGCUUAUUUUGAUCAUAAACUGGUUAACGCUAAAGUAGCGAUAUCAGUGAAAAGAAAAGCAUUAAAGAGUUUCCCGGAUAUAAUGCAAUUGAUGGGAGUUAAAUACUUAACGCCGUUAAGGUUUAAGGUGCUGGCUACCUUAAGAUCUGCUCUGCAAUUGGCGAAGGAAUUCCCAAAAAUAUUAGCAGAGGCGUGGAGCGCAUUUAUACAUAACAUUGAUACGAUUUCGUUGGGACCACUUAUGUCUAAUUUAGCAGUGUCGCUGUUACAACAAUUGGAAUAUGCUCCUCAAGAAAUAAACAAAAUAUUUCACUAUCUUGUGUUGAAUAAUGAGAAUUUGCUUAGUUCUCAUAUAUCGGACCUCUUCUUCUUGGAAGAUACAAAUAUAUCUGAUAGAAUAAAGAUGGUUAUUAAAAGGCAUGUUAAGAGAACUCAGCCUGACGGUUUCCUGGACAAGAUCAAGUGGUACUUACAACAUUUGAACCAUGACAUACCCAGUAUUAAGGCGUAUGCGUUUUCCCACCUCGACAAAUUAUUGAAAAGUAACAGAUCUGAGAUACAUAAAGCUAUAUUUGGCGGUAAAAACAUAGAUCCAGUUAUAGUCGAGUUGAUAGAUUCAUUGUUGGCGGGAUGCAAAGAUCCAGACCCUAAAGUAAGUCUAUCAAGCGGUGCCUGCCUCGGUCAGUUGGGAGCCAUCGAAGCCGGUCACCUACCGCGUCAGUACGUGCAGCCAGAUAGAUCCCCCUUCGCAUUCUCUAUAGGAGACGACUGCUUCGCCGCCACUGCGCUUGUUGAACUGUCACGGGCUUUCCAAUAUGAAAAGGAUACUAUGAAUAUGGAUUGUUAUGCUCUAACAAUACAAGAGAUAUUGAAAAUUUACGACAUUUCGCCUACGGGUAGCAAGAAAGAUGUGUGGGACAGCUUCCCUGAACAUAUGCAUCAGAUAAUGCAUCCAUUACUGAGCUCCAGAUACACAUUGGCGUAUCCAUCUCAACCGAAGAAAGCGCACCCUUUGUUCGGAUCGACUUACGCAACAACAUUUUUAGAGUGGGCACACAACUGGGCAGGGCAACUGAUUCCUCUGAUAGAAUCGGAAAGUAUUCGGGAACUACUACGCACAGUGCACCCGAGUAUGCGGCGAGACGUCAGGACUCUGUUCCUGUUCCUACCUUACGUGCUGUUACAUGCUGUCAAGUCGAAGAAUAACUCGCAAUACAUACAAGAAGAAAUAUUGGCUGUUAUUGGUUUAGAAAACUUUGAAGUGGAGAAUUCAGUGACAAUAGAAAGGUCUAGAUAUAAAAUGCUGCGACAUAUCAGAAUGACACCGAGCAUCAACUCUGUUCAGGCAGAAGAAGGGAAUCAGAGUAAAUGCAGUAAGACAAUUUACACACUGCUAGACUUCCUGAACAGAUGGUUGCUGGAGUGGUGUCAUUCAAAGCAGCGUCCUAGGGAGAAUGAGAAUUACAAAGCAAUAUCCUCGUUUCUGGACAAAUUCGACAAGUUGGUGAUAGCCCGCGGUAACUUUGCCUGCGGCGAGCUGGAGCGGGCGCUGCAGUACCUCGAGUUGUACAUGGACGAGAGGAAGGACAAGAUGCAGGAACAACUGCCUUUCCUGGCCGAGAUAUACGCACUGUUAGAUGAACCGGAUUCUGUGGCAGGUAUCUUAUCAAUGAAAAGAUCGGAGCCUUCGUUAAAGGAGUUGAUCCUCGCGCAAGUAGUAACGGGACGGUUGCAAGAUGCUGCUCUAUGCUACGAGCGGUUGGCUCAGGAAGGCCAGUUAGAUAGACAUAGUUUGCAGAGCAUGAUCGAUUGUUACCUUGGGCUGGACCAGCCUUUCACCGCGUACCGGUUACUUAGCAAACAUGAUUACGAAGACGGUAUGAGCGAGUUAUCAGCUGAACCUUUGUGGCGACUCGGACGGUUCGAUGAACUCGACGAGCUAUGCAAAAAACCUGUCCCACCAUCAAAAGAAAACUGGGGCCUGCUAAUGGGCCGUACUUUGUUAGCCUACCGCCAACAAGACCACGAUGCCUUCCUGAUAUCGUGUAAGGAGACUACAAGUAGACUGCUAGCGCAGAUGGACGCGGAGAGUAAAGGCGAGAAUGCAUUGAGGAGUGGAUACCAGAGCGUGCUCGGUCUACAUAUUAUUACUGAAACUAGUCAUGCUGAAGAGGUGUUGCAGAAGUUAAAAAAGCUAAGAGACGGCGAUCGUCAGAGUACAGAGAUGUUGAAUCAGUUGUUGGACGAGUGGAGGCUGCGGCUGUCGGUGGUACAGUCCGACGUCAGGACCAUCGAACCACUGCUCCGACUCCGGAGGAUACUACUGCAACAAACACAGCAACUGUUAGAGCCAACACACCCUGUCACGGCGAGUCGGUUGAAGGCAUGCAUUGGUGACCUCUGGCUACAAAGCGCGAAACACGCUAGGAAAGCCGGUAUCUUCCAACAGUCAUACAUGUACGUGUUGAACGCAGAAGAGUAUCAGCCGGAGGAGUUGUUCAUAGAGAAGUCCAAGAUGUACUGGGCGCGCGGGCAACACGAGCACGCCUUCACCACGCUACGCCGCGGCCUGGACGACACGUACCCUAUGUUGGAACAACUUAAUAAUGAUCAGAGAAAAACGUGCGCAAAAGCUAAAUUAUUGAUAGCAAAAUACAACGACGAGACUACGAAUGUUGACGUGGACGUGAAUAUUGGGUAUUACAAGGAGUCGGUGGAAGUUUUUAAACAAUGGGAGAAGAGUUUGGUGUGUCUAGGAGCUUAUUAUGAGAAAGUAAGUUGCGGCGAAGGCACGAGUAUAAGCACGACUUGGUCGCGACGUCUGUACGCACUCAACAGUUACGGGAAAGCUCUACAGUAUGGACAUAAGUACUUGUACCAGAGCAUGCCUCGGAUGUUGUCUAUAUGGUUGGAUGUUGAAGUGACAUCUACAGACACAAGUGCGCACCAAGUGUUAGCACAGAUGACAGAGAUCAUCAAGACUUACUCUGAGAGACUGCCGCUGUAUCUCUAUCUGACGGCGUUCUCGCAAAUCGUAUCGAGGAUCUGCCAUCCUGUGAAAGAGGUAUAUCUACAACUAAAAGCGAUAUUAGUGAAGCUGAUAGUAGCGUACCCUCAACAUACCCUAUGGAUGAUGAUGAGUGUGAUGAAGUCCAGCUACGCACAACGUAUCAAGCGCUGCGCUGACGUCUUCGCAGACCCAAGACUCAAGGAACCUCGUCUCUUGAAACUCAUCAGUGAUUUUACACAGCUAGCUGAGAAGCUAAUUGAACUGUGUAAUAAGCCCAUCGCUGGAAGCUCCCUGACAACUACGGUAUCUACCCUAGUCAGAUCGCUUCCCCGUCUCCUUGCGACUGACAGCUUCAGUCACGUGAUGAUGCCCUUCCAAGAGUUCUGCAAGAUCGUGCUGCCUUCUAAGGCGGCGCGACAAGAACGUAUCGACUUCAACAUACCCACGGAACCACCGGUAUACAUCGCGGGCAUUGAAGAACAGAUCAGUAUACUGCCUUCGCUGCAGAAACCUAGAAAAGUUACAUUAAAAGGAUCCGACGGUAAAUCCUACAUAAUAAUGUUGAAACCGCGCGAUGAUCUUCGAAAGGACUACCGUUUAAUGGAAUUCAACGGAGUUGUCAAUCGUUUCCUGCAAGAUGCGCCGGAGACGCGACGGCGACGACUUUACAUACGAACGUACAGCGUCCUGCCUUUAAAUGAAGAAUGCGGGCUUAUAGAAUGGGUACCGAAUUUAGUGGGUCUGAGGCCUAUAUUAAUGCAUAUUUAUAAACAAAAAGGUAUUCAUACAAGCAAUCGAGAGUUGAAAGAAAUGAUGUGUGCGAACAAAGACCCGGUUGAGAAGAAGAGACGUAUCUACGAACAACAGUUGCUACCUCGUCACCCUCCCGUGUUCCAAGAGUGGUUCCGAAGGGUGUUCUCCGAUCCUUAUGGAUGGUAUCAGGCAAGAUCUGCUUACAUCAGAACUACUGCUGUCAUGUCAAUGGUUGGAUAUAUUUUGGGUCUUGGCGAUAGACACGGAGAAAACAUAUCGUUCGACUCGACAAAUGGUGACACAGUGCAUGUGGACUUUAAUUGUCUGUUCAACAAGGGAGAGGCGUUCGAGUGGCCGGAAAGGGUUCCUUUCCGACUCACACACAAUAUGGAGGCGGCUAUGGGACCUCUCAAACAUGAGGGCAUGUACAGGAAAAGUUGCGAGGCAGUAAUGCGAGCUCUCCGUGCCCAAACCGCGGCGCUGAUGUCGGUCAUCGAGCCGUUUGUAUACGACCCCCUUGUGUCGUGGGGUAAAGUACGGCAGAUGGACUGCGGCGAGAGGACCAAUGAACAGGCCAUGCAACAUCUACUACAUAUCAAGCAGAGACUUAACGGAAUGGUGAGAACAAAGAACAAGCAACUAUCGCUGUCCUUGUCUCCCGAAGGUCAAGUGGAACAUCUGAUCGUGGAAGCGACCAGUAUAAUAAACUUAUGCCAAAUGUACAUAGGGUGGGGACCUUUCUUGUAACUAACUACCAACAUGUGCCAUGAACUGUGAUUUAAGCUAAGUUUUGAUAACAUUGCUAAAACUUAAUUUUAUUGUAUUUGUAUACUUCAUUGUUACGUGCCUAAUAAAUAA